AUGCCGUUCUUUCGGGGGUUGUCAUUGGCUUUGGUCUCGCUGCUUUCAUUCACGAAUGCAGCGGAUCACAAGGUAUUAGACGCUCAACACUGGAAUAAACUCAAGACCGGAACGCCGCUAGCAUGGCCAGCGCUGCGAUUCCACUUUAGUCUCAAGCAAGACAGCAAGAAGGUUUACGGGAUGACCACGUUCGACAUGUACGCUAAUCCGACUGUCCUGGACAACAACAAGAACGUUCUCUACGAUGUCUACGCCACAGUCACGGAUUCCAAAGCCGUUCACAACUACACGCUCGUGAACGGCGUCGCGUACUCAGAGAGUACCCCUUUCAUGACUGGAAGCUCAACUGGUACCCCCACGCCAUUGGUAUCGUGCGAGGACACCGAGUUCGAUAAACUUCCAGAGAUUAACUCGAUCGUGGCUGCUGUUAACGAAGUCAAGGCAGGAAAUAGCAGCACUGGUACUGCGUGUACAACAGGGAGCUCUUACCAGACUGCGAUGAAAGGGGUCGACUAUACGGUGUGUGUUUCAGGUACUACAGGCUUCACGGUCCAAGGCCGCGAUAUGGACGUGUCGGUAGAGUAUUUGGAGAGUCAUAUCGACAUUCAGCCUCCGACUAUGAACUCUACGGAGAAAUGCAAGUCUCAGGCUUCGUCUACCUCUACCACGCCAAUUGGGCACGCAUUACUGACGGGGGGACCGAUUCCCAAAGAAAAGGGCAGAAAACUAAGAUCUGAGUUCGAUCUUGGUCUCUCUUACAAGGAAUUGUCGAAAUGUUCCUGCAAAUCGACACCGCGUCCGUGUAUUUUCAUCCAUGGUCAAGGACUACAACCCGAAAUGGCGGAAAACCAAGACGAGUUCCCUAAAUAUUGGGGAAACUUAACAGACCACGCGCCGUGCUGUUCGUCCAUGAAAUACGCGAGACUAGAUACGAUCCGCAACGCCUGGACGGAUGAAACUCUGCAAGAAAAAGUCUGUGAUCGUGCCCUUGCAGUCAGUGAUUCGAGCACAAAAACUACUAUCGCAGACACAAUUAUUGUGACCCAUUCGAUGGGUAACCUUAUGUUCGCUGGUGCCCUGGCAAAUGGGCUGUGUAAACUCGACUCUAGCUCCACAUGGGUGGGCUUGUCAGGGCCGAUGAAGGGCAGUAUGGCUUCGGAUUUUAUCCAAGACUCGUGCUCUGGCAAGACGAACGCUGUUCUCGAGAAAUUUGGCGAAAUCACGGGAAAAUGUCCCCCUCGAGAGUCAAUGAAGUCGUUGGUGUAUGAAGGCGAGAGCUACAGUACCAAGAAGCUGAAUAGAGCGUACAAGGCAGCGCAGAAGGCGUAUCGUGAGAAUGUGUACGCGUUGAGUUGUGGCGAAGGUUUUUCCGGUUUGUUGUCGACUUAUCAAGCGAAAUUCUGGAUGUUUGGCAACUUGAUUCCUCACAAGUCGGAGAGGAACGAUGGCAUGGUGGAAUUCCAGAGUUGUGCCGUCGGAUUCCCCGAAUCAAAGUUUGGGGACACGUAUCUCGACCGCUUCUACAGGAACAAACUCAAUCAUUUCGACAUGCAGUUCCUUGCUGGCGACUCAACGUUGAAUGAUGCAAAGAUGCCGGUUAGGUGGUUUGAAUGUCUGCUGUAA